AUGCCUCUUUUCCGGCUAAAGACGGUCUUUCCGUUGAUCGCCCUGGUGUCGAUCGGCAUUUUCUUCUUCUGCAUGGAACGCUAUGAUCGGUCGGCGUUCCUCCGCUUCAAGCACCCUAUUGACCGUGUCAACAUGGGUGGCAGCCAGACGUCAUUAGGUAGCCCGGCUGAGGGAUCUACCCCCUCGGCUAACACCUGUGAGGUUGACCCCAAGCUGGCUGCCCCUCUCCCCUUCUCCGAAUGGCUCCCCCGCAAGAAUUACACCCGUGCCUACUUCCGCCCUCGCAUCGUCAGCCCCGACACCGAAUUCCGCACUAUGGAGGAGGUUGAGAAGCCCGUCCUCCCCCCCAUGGUUCAGAUGGAGCGUGGCAUGGUUGUCUCUCCCAACAAUGACGAGGAGAACUUUGUCUGCCCCGAGAUCAUCGAUGUGGAUGUGGCCGCCGAUGACGAUGUCGAGGAGACCUCCAAGCUCCUGUUCGGCCUGGCCACUACCGUCGACCGUCUCGACCGUCUCCUUCCCUCGCUCCUGUACACCUAUGGUAACACCAAGGCUGGCCUGAUUGUUCUGGUUCCCGAGUCCGAUGACGAUUUGGAGAAGCAGGAGACCUACUUCCGCAACCGCGGUUUGGAUCUGACUCUCAAGGCCUCCCCCCUGGACUUCACUGCUCGUUACUUCGGUAUGGUCGAGGCUUUCUCCGAGCACAUCCGCAAGCACCGCCCUCACACCACCUGGGUUGGCUUCAGCGACGACGACACUUUCUUCCUGUCUCUGCCUACCAUCGCCAAGGAAUUGAAGUUGUUCGAUGAGAAGAAGAAGCACUAUAUUGGAUCUUUGUCCGAGGCCAGUUGGCAAGUCGAGACCUUUGGCCAUAUCGCUUUCGGUGGUGCCGGUGUCUUCGUCUCCAAGCCUCUGCUGGAUGUGCUGAUGAAGUACUAUGAUGAGUGCCAGUCCUGGGGUGAGCAGCCUGGUGACCAGAAGCUUGGCCAAUGUAUCCAGCGCUUCGGCGACACCGCUCUCACUCUCUGGCCCUCGCUUUACCAGAUGGAUAUGACCGACCCUGUGGACGGUGUUUACGAAUCUGGCCGCAGGAUUGAAUCUAUGCACCACUGGAACUCCUGGUACACCAAGGACGUGGUGAAGAUGACCACCGUGGCUGCGGCCGCCGGUCGGAAAUCGGUUCUCCGCCGCUGGGUCUUCGACCAGGAGGAGACCAUCAACAACGCAACUGGCGAGGCGGUCCGGCACUUCUGGGUCAUGACCAACGGUUACUCCCUGGUCAAGUAUACUUAUGACUCCACCGUUGCCGAUGAUGCCAUCAACUUUGAUGCCGUUGAGAAGACCUGGCCCGAAGACCCCCGUGGUUUCGAGGAGCGUCUGGGUCCUCUUCGUCCUGCGGAGGACGAAGGUGUCACCAAGGACCGGUGGUUGUUGCACGAUGCCUACGUCGUCGGUGAUAAUGUGCACCAGUUCUAUGUGCGUGAGGAAGACGAGGGCCACAGUGUGAUCGAGAUCGUUUGGCUCGGUCCCAAGGGCGGCGGCGGCGGUGGUAUCUCUGAUCACUAUAUUCAGGGUACUUACCAGCAAUGA